AUGACGGGUCCCUUUUAUUUGGGAGCUUCACAAGGUGGCCUUUCUUUCACUCUUCAGGCACUCUUUCUUGCUUCCAGAUCUUGUGCAAAAAUGGUUGCAGUCUGGAUGUCUGCCUUCAGUGCUUUAGGUGGUAUACUGUCAGGGCCCACUCUUUUGCCAGACUUAAGAGACUUGAUGGCCUUGUUCUUUUCUCUCAGUGAUCAAUACCCUUGUUUCUGUUGUCAACCACUCCUUUUGUUUCCUCCCCAGGACUAUUUGGCAUGUCUUCUUCCAGGUAUCACACAGGCUGUGCCACUGUUCUUCUCUUGUUUCUUUUGGCAGCUGGGAAAUCAGCAUGAAUUUGUUCCUCAGUUCCAGCUUGAAUUCUUUUGCUUUCCCCCUCUCUUUCUCUCUCAGGCUGUUUAUGUUGAUUUUGUGCGAUGCUCUUCAGGCCCAGUCAAUGUAGGCUUUUAG